AUGGAACAAGUUUCAUCAUUAUUAACAAACAUAUUAACAAUUGAGGAGAAUCCAUCUCAAACAACAAUUUCUCUGCAACCACAACUGAAGCGAAGUUCAUUGGAAGCAACAACAGUAACUGAAACGGAAACUGUGAAUGCAAUGGGAGAAAUGAGUAAAAAGAAACCACAACGGAAAUCAAUGGAUCUUGAUUUUUCAUCAUUUUGGAAGAAAGAAUAUCCUAAUCAAAUAAGUAAAUCUGAAAGUCAACUGAGUUUUGUUAGUAUGAAUUCCACAAAUGCUAAAUCAACAACUACUGCUACCACCCCAACAAUACAAGAGAAACCAGCAGUUAGUUCUGCUACUUCAUCUGCUCAGUAUAUGGCGGAUAAAUUAGUUGAAAAAGUGAUUUCAGUAAUGGUAUCUAAUGAAAUUGUUGACGAUCAAACUAGUAAAGUCUUACAAGAAAGAGCAAUAAUGCAAAAACAACGACCAAGUUUAAGUAUUGCUUUAAUGCAAAGUAAUAGUAAUGAAUUACAUCAAAGAAAUUCAAAUAUGUAUAUAUUUAUUGAUUAUGUUGAAAAAUUUUUCAGUUGGCAAGAUACUUAUUAUACAAUAGGUAUUUUGUUACUUAUCACUCAUGCUAUUUUAAAUCCUUAUUUAAUUACUAUAUUUCCAUUUAUUCAAUUGAUUGCAACAACAUUUGUCCCACAUUAUUUGAAUAUUUAUCCUCCUGAUACGAAUCUAAAUUCUGAUUAUUUGGAUGUGAAUCCAAUUCCAUCUGACAGACCAUUAAAUACGUAUUCUUUACCAAAACCAGCACCGUUGUUUUCACGGGAGUUUUUCAUGAAUUUAACAGAUACCCAGAAUUUUAUGACUUUAAACAUCAAACUAUUUGAUUUUGCUGUGUGGUUGACAUCAGAUUAUUUGUAUUUUAGAAAUGAACAAGUAACAUCAGUUAUAUAUUUAAUGUGCGUGGGGUUUAUAUUUGGUAACUUGUAUUUCUUACCUAUUUUGGUUCCAUUUUUAUUGAAUCAUUUUAUCAUUGUGCAAUUAUUUUUGAUUGUUAAUGUAUGGAGUUUAACUAUAUUGUUACAUCCAACAAUACGUGGUUCAAUUUUGGAAUGGAUUUAUAAAGAAGACACCAGAUUGAAUAUUCAACAAUUCAUGAAUAAGCUAGAAGAUAGGCUCACCAAGCACUUGGUUAGAUCACCAACUGUAGAUCAAGCAAGAUUUGAAUGUACAGAUGAUAAUGAUACAAAAAUGGUGGAAAUUUAUGAAUUACAGAAAAUGAAUACAAAGACAAAGAUAUGGGAGUUAGUUGGAUUUACUCAGAAUUUUUAUACUACAAACCUGGUUGUUCGAAGAUACAAUAAUGCUAUUCUAGAAUUGGAAAAACAGAAUGAGGACGAAUAUUAUCAAGAAGAUGAUGCUAAGCUUUUAAAUCUUAAUAAAAGAGAUACCUUAUCUGAGAUUAAUCCUCCAGUUAAUUAUAAAUUUUUGGAAUCAGAAAAAUGGAAAAUUGAUUAUAAUAUAAAUGCAUGGGUUGAAAAUAAUUUGAUUCAAGAUUUAGUAAUCAUCGAUGAAGAUGAAAAAUGGGCUUAUGAUGUAAUCACUAGCGAAGAGGAUAGUGAUGAUAAAGAUAAAAAAGAUGUAUCAUCUGAGGUUCAUACAAUUAAUGAAUUAACAUUAGAUCAGAUUGAAAAAUUGGCUAAUAAUCAUGAACUUUUCAGAAGAAGGAGAUGGAUAAGAAAAGUAGUUCGCAUGAAUUAUCAUGAUAAGAAAGAACAACAACAAGGUGCUACAAGUACAGGAAUUUCUUCAUGGGUAUAG